GACGACUACGUCACUGUCCGUCGACGGUCGCAGCAGGAAGACCCUUUACCGGAUGGUUUUGUUGUGUUAACACCUUUCCCCGUCCUUCAGCAGUAAAAUGUACUACAAGUUCAGCGGUUUUACCCAAAAACUGACGGGAUCUGCUCCCACGGCCGCUUACAAUCCUCAGGGGUUGAAGCCAAGCGUGCCGGUAGAGCCCCCAACGAUGAUCUUUGCGACACCCACCAAGGUGGUGUCAGAGGCCGGGCCUGUGGUGGAGUACAUGGGACCAAACAGGGUUCAAGAGUUCCAGAAAAUAUUCCAGGCACAGGAAGGCGUCCCCGUUCAUUUGAAGCGUGGCGUCCCCGACAGGCUACUGUACCGCACUACCAUGGCUCUCACUGUAGGAGGCGCUCUCUACUGUUUGGUUGCUCUUUACAUGGCAGCCCAGCCCAACAGAAAGUGACCAACGCAAACUUAUGAUCUCUCUGUAACACCUCUGACAUGUCUCUGCUGUUAUACAUCGACCCAGUGUUCACAGCCUCCGUCUGCCCUUGUCAUGCCACCUCUUGGGACUCUUUUAGAACAUCACACCAAUCACAGUGAUAAUAAUGUCUGUCUUCUUUGUUAAAAAAAAAAGAUGUCACAGUAGAAGUGGUGUCAUUAUUGCCAAUCAGCCGACAGAUUCACAGACAUCAUGUAUGAAACUCUAUGGGGGUUGGGAACUGCAUCAUUCAUUUCCCUCAGCUCUUACACACUUACACAUGCCGAAAUAGAAGCAGUUUAUGUAAAGAUUUAAAAAAAAAAAUUUUAAUGCUCAGAGUUCCCAACAAGCUUGUGGUAGUGCAGCAAUAAGCAUGUGUGUGUGCGAGAAAGAGAGAGAGAGAGAGAGAGAGAGAGAGAGAGAGAGAGAGAGAGAGCAAGCAUGAUGGAGACACCCCGUCUGGAACAUAGCUGCUGCUCACUUGGCUUAAAUACUGUCUCAUACAGUAUUUAUAUGUGUGGGCCCUGGUGUGAUGUCAGAUGCUCCUUGUCGAGUUUGGGGGGGGGGGCGGGGGGGUGUUUCAGACAGACAUGUUGGCAGUCCCACAUUAAGCUACUGAAAUGAUCAUUUCGGGCUUGAAUAUCAGAUAUAAAACCUGUACCAGAAGAAGAUAUUUCAGUGACAAUUCUAGUGUGUUGCAUCUUACAGACACAUAAUAUAUACAGGGCCAAGAAAAUGUAAGUGAAAAAUUAGAUCUCAGACUUACAGCUGGAGAGAGUUACAAAGGUGUCAUAGCUUAGAGAUUCAUCAGUCCACAGUUCGACACAUUGUCUAUAAAUGGAUAUGAUUUAGUUCUAUGGCUGUUCUCAGAAGUGGGUGCCCAGCUAAAAUGACAAUAAAGAUGUUCGAUAUAGACAUUAA